AUCAGUCAGUCGGUUCAAAUAUCUCUUCGGAUAAGAACUGAGGUAAAUCAAGAAAGGAAAGUGAUCCCCACUAGUACCUUCCACACACAAGUGGCGUUGAAAUUACACAAUUCGUAAUCUGAAGAAAACGGGAAGCAAGAACUCCAGUUGAUUUCUUCAGUUUAUCACAUUCGGGCGGUUUGUGAGAGCUUUCCCAGCUCAAGUUGGUGCCAACUCGUUAUUGGAUUGUUUUGACUUGAAUGAUGAAAUCUGCCAAACUGUCGAUUUGACGCCGAGAUAAUACAAAGUGAAAUUUUAGAAAAGAUGUUGCUACAAGUCACCUCACUCGUUUUGGCGGUUGUUUUCCACCUAGCCAACUGUAUUCAGCAGGACGACUGGCAGCCCUUCCAGCCAAUAUCACAGAGCUAUGGCGGUAUUUCAGCUCAAGAUUACCAGCAGCAAGCCCCUGGUGGCCAAUGUGAAAUAUUCAAGGUCGGUUUCACGCAGGACCUUUAUUUCCAGUAUGUUCAGUACAAAACCGAGAUGCCAGAUUUGAAGGAAUUCACCCUCUGUUUCUGGAGUAAAUUCACGAAUCACUCCAACGAUCACCCAUUGUUCUCCUACGCAGUUGACGGACAACCACGUGCCAUAUACUCCUGGAUAGCCAACACGGAGCGAUCCAGCUACUUCAGUAUGUCCGUGGAGGGUCAUACAUUCUACCGUCUGAAUUAUCCACUCAGGCUGAACAAAUGGUAUCACACUUGCCAGAGUUGGAACGGCAAGACCGGAGAAUGGCAAAUAUGGGUGAAUGCGGAGAGAGUGGGACGUGGAUUCCACAAUAGGUUGGUAGGAAGCAAAAUACCAGGAGGUGGAAUUGCAAUCAGUGGACAGGGCCAAACCCAACUCGGAGGAGGCUUCCAAGAAGGUGCUCAAGCUCCAAAAGGAUCUGGAGGGAUGCUGGGAGAGAUCACGAUGGUCCAGCUCUAUAACGUGGCUCUCACAGCCGGUAAGGCACAUAAGGAUCACAAGCACCAUCACGCCCAUCAAUUCGACCACGAUGGAGCUCCGAUAACCACAACGCCAAAACCGACCACACCACCCAGUCAAACCCUUCCUCAGCACCCUCUUCUGACCGGAGGUCAGUUGAACCGUGGACUCAGGCUCAAUUUGGCUGGUGGUCAACAACCACAACUCAUUCCAGUACCCGGCCAAAAUUACAACGCUCAGUACGUCAACGGACAAUUCGUGGAAAGCAUUGUUGCCAAACAGUUCCAGUCAGGAAAAGGACCACAGGCUCAAUAUGUGCAGAUACCACAACAGCAACAGGUACUUUUGCAGUCGUCGCAGUUACAACAGGGAGGACAGCUGUUGUUGCCAACAGAUGGAGGGUCUUACUCCUCCCAGUCGUUGUCCUUCGGAGAUAGUCCAGUGAUUGGUGCCAGCAUCAUCCAUUCCGCGGCCAAACGCGACACCUCACAGAAGAGCAAGAGGGAAAUCAUCCUGGCUGGAGGUACCAUCUUGGACGGCAGUCUUGGAGCUGACGAAAUAUAUUCGCAGAGUCUGCUCGAAGGUUUAGCUGGCAUUGGGGACAACCAACCGAUUCUCAACCUACAGAAACAGAGCGAAGAGAGGGAACCGGCAGAGGCGGAGGUUAAGGCGGUGAUGAACGUGUGUAGUGGAUGUGAGGAGGAACCUUUCGAGAAGGCGCUAGUGUUCGGUUGGAGGACUGUGGCGAAGAAGUUAUAUUCUGGUGCCUUCUACCUUCCCGCAGUUCCGCAGUGCAAGGCGUUCUAGUAUUGUAGCCCAAGAAUUGUGUUGUUGAGUUUUCUAUUUUUAUACGGAUAAUUUAUUGUAGGUUUUUAGUCUAAUUAAUAUACAUUAAACCAAU